AUGCCGAACCCUUUCACAAUAUUCAUUGAAAAGCUUUCCAGAGCUGCAACAAAGACAUGGAAGCAGAUAAAAAGAGUUUUCAAGAACAAGCAACCUAGUGAUCCCUUUCUGAGGACUGUCAAGAUCUUCUCCUCACACGCAAAUGGUUACGUUGAGUUCAAGAUGAGACUCGACACCGGAUGCGAAAUCCACAACCUCAUCACACUCCAAGCCGUCCACAAGCUCCAUCUUUUCGAUAAUACGACCAUCCACAACGAGUCUAUCUGUACCUGUCUCAACGGCGAACAGCUCAUGUCUAUGGGCACACUCAUCCUCCGGUGGAAAGGCAAACGCUUUCGCAAGAUCUUCACCACCAUCUUUCAUGUCAUCAAUGGUGAUUCCCUUCCAUGGGACGUCAUUCUAGGUGCCGAAGCUAUACGUGAAUAUAGCAUCUUGAAGUUUGCUGGGUUUGGGGGGGCAAGGCCUAUCCUACCGAAGAAAUCAAGAGAAAAGAAAGCAUAUCUCACCACACGGAAACGAGAGCACAAUGAGAAGGCGGCUACAAACGAUGCUAAGGUUGAUGCGGAUAUCAAGGCGAAAGAGGAGGCGGCUCGGCAGACUAAGUCUAAUACCGACGGCUUCAGUUCAGGGAGUCCCGGAGUAAAUCGUAGCUAG